AUGGCGGAGCAAUCCAAAUCUCUCGAUAAAGCCCUCUCACAGAGCUCUGUGGCUGAGCCACAGCCAAUCUCGCAAACCGAGGGCCACGAACGCCAAAUGCGAGUUACCUUCAACCUUUGGAGUACUCUAGGCCUCGUCUACAGCAUCACGGCGACUCCUUUUGGGGUUGGGAGCUACCUCACGUUCAGUUUGAUUCUCGGCGGCAGCCCUUUCUAUAUCUAUGGCUAUAUCUUCGCCAUAUUCUUCAACAUCACCCUGUGCGUGGCACUGGCUGAAAUUUCUGCUUUAUAUCCCCACCCAAGUGGACAUAUAUAUUGGGUGGGUAAAAUGGCCCCGAAAGGAUGGGAGAAUUCUCUGAGCUUUUGGACUGGAGCCUUGACAUCGGCAGCUUGGUUCUUCUGGAAUGCCGGUACUUACCUCCUCACAGCGCAAAUCCUCCUCGCCGCGGUCGAGCACCUUUACCCCGAGUAUACUGCUCAACCAUGGCAUCAAGUUCUGAUUGCGUGGGCCCAGGCGCUUGCGUCGGCCAUGAUUGUAAUCACCAACGCCGGAAUCAUCUUUAUCGCCGUCAGCCUCCUGGUCCAGGCACAUCCCAAACAGUCGGCACGAUCCGUUUUCGUAGAUGUUGUUAACGAAUCCGGGUGGCCUUCGAAAGGUGUUGUCUUCUUCCUCGGCUUGCUGCCAGGGUCAACGGCGAUCAACGGGUUCGAUUCCGCUGCACACAUGGUCGAGGAGAUGCCAGAUCCGGCACGCCAGGUUCCACAAGUCAUGGUGGGAAAUGCCUUCUUGUCCGGUCUCUCGGGCAUACCAAUGGUCAUCAUAUUCUGCUUCUGCAUCACUAAUGUCGACAACCUCUUGGCCCCUGUCGGUGGGGUGACAAUCAUACAAAUCUUCAAGGAUUCUCUGCACAAUGACGCCCUCUUCGUCGUGUCAUCCGUCAUCUACAUCCUAGUAACCAUCGUCGCGGCCACAGCCUGCACGACGACUUGCAGCCGAGUGUGGUGGUCGUUCUCUGAGCACAAUGGACUGCCUUUGCAUUCCUGGUUUGCAGUCAUCCACCGAACCAAGCUCUGGGCGGUUCCAGUCAAUGCGAUUGGCGUGAUCGCCGUGCUCUCCUGCUUGGUUCUCUUGAUCAACCUGGGCCCUAGUUUUGUGCUGGCGGCUCUUUUUAGUGCAGCAAACAUUUGUUUCUACGUCAGCUACAUCAUCACCAUCUGCUGCUUUCUGUACACGAAGUGGACGAAAGGCUUGCCGGCCCACUACCUGAAUCUCGGCCGGCUGUUUGGCAACGCGAUCGACAUCACAAGCAUCAUCUGGUCGGUGUUUGUGAGCGUCUGGCUUAUGUUUCCAUACUACCUACCGGUGAACUCGAAGAACAUGAACUACACCAUUGCCAUCGUGGCCGUGGUUGUGGUUGUGUUCGGGUUGGAUUGGUUCAUUCGAGCGAGAAGAUCAUACUUUAUUCCUUCGCAACUUUUGAUCUAGAUAGUGCAGGUAACAUCCCACUAGGUCCAAUGGAG